CAGCUGAUUGCUGUGACAGGUGCGCAGCUGUGCUCAAUUUACCAGCCUUAUCAGCCCGUGAGGAUGUGAUUUUGUCUGUGUUUCUUGUCGGUGUUUCCGCCUCGGUUCAGGGCGGAACGGCUUGUGUUGGCUGCCGCUGGUUGGGAACGUUUAUUGGGUUAGCCGGCAAGAAGUUACCGCUCGGAGCAUCCUGCUAGCCUAGCAGCUAACUCGGCUAGAAGCCUGGAGGUGAGGAUUGCUGUAAGCAAACAUGGCAGGUGGAAUCACAGAAACCGGCGAGCCCUACUCCCCAUUUGUGGGGCUGGUGUACAUGUUCAACCUGAUUGUGGGAACAGGAGCCCUGACCAUGCCGAAAGCUUUUGCUGCAGCCGGUUGGGUGGUCAGCUUGUCGCUCAUCGUCUUUUUAGCAUUCAUGAGUUAUAUGACGACCACUUUUGUGAUCGAGGCGAUGGCGGCGGCCAAUGCUCAGCUGCGUUGGAAGAGAAGAGAGCAGGAAGAGACGGACGACGGCAACUCCACGUCCGAUUCGGAAGACGAUUCGGGUCAAGGUCGGUCGGAACCGGAAACGAAGCCCAUCCUGUCUGUCCAGAGGUCGGGUCAUGAUCACUUCGACAUCGUGGAGCGGGUCGAGAUGGGUCAAAUGGCCUCCAUGUUCUUCAACAAAGUCGGAGUCAACAUGUUCUACAUCUGCAUCAUCGUCUACCUGUACGGCGACCUGGCCAUCUACGCCGCCGCCGUGCCCAUUUCGCUCAUGGAGGUCGCCUGCGGGAAUCACUCCUGCAGCGCCGGCAGUGUGAAGUACAACGACACAGACGCCUGCUGGGGCUCCGUCACCAGGAAGGACGCCUACAGGGUGUUCCUGAGCGUGUUUACCCUUCUGUUGGGGCCUUUCACCUUCUUCAACGCCCAGAAGACCAAAUAUCUUCAGAUUCUCACAUCACUCAUGCGUUGGCUCGCUUUCACCAUGAUGAUCAUCUUGGCUCUGAUCCGGAUCGGUAAAGGAACGGGCGAAGGCCGUCCGCCGGUCGCCAGCCUCUCCGGAGUGCCCAACCUGUUCGGCGUGUGCGUCUACUCCUUCAUGUGCCAGCACUCGCUGCCCUCCCUGGUGACACCCAUCUCGGAUAAGAAGCGGGUCGGCAGCCUGGUUCUGGCCGACUACAUCCUCAUCCUGGGCUUCUACGUCCUGCUGUCGUUCACCGCCAUCUUCUGCUUCGACAGCUCGCUGCUGCACGACAUGUACACCUUGAACUUCACCGACAACUGCGACGUGUUGGACAUCCCGGUGCUGCGCUACUUCCUGGGCUUGUUUCCCGUUUUCACCAUCAGCACCAACUUCCCCAUCAUCGCCGUGACGCUGCGCAACAACUGGAAGACGCUGUUCCACCGGGAUGGCGGCACCUACCCGUGGGUGGUGGACCGGGUCGUGUUUCCCCUCAUCACCCUGGUGCCGCCCAUCGUGGUGGCGUUCUGCACGCACAAUCUGGAGUCCCUGGUGGGGAUCACGGGGUCGUACGCGGGGACGGGGAUCCAGUACGUCAUCCCGGCGUUGCUGGUGUUCUACGGCAGGCGCCACCUGGAGCCCGUGAUGGGCAGAGACGCCGUCAACAAGCACCGCUCUCCGUUCAGCCACUCCUUCUGGGUGUGGUUCGUGUUGGUGUGGGCGGCGUCUUGCCUCAUGUUCGUCACCGCCAACAUCAUCCUAACUGACACGAAGAAAUGAGAACCGCUUUCAACGGAGAAAUCUGUUUGGCCAGUUUUCUUGGUUCUCGAGGAAUUAGCUGCUGCUGGGGGGACUGUGCCUUUAACCAAACUGCACUGCAAAAAUACAAAACCUCACCAAGUAUUAGUCUAGUUUCUACUGCAAAUAUCUUAAUACAGUCAAUGAGGCAAAACUAAACAUGCACAAAACUAAUUAGUUACAACAAUAUAUUUAAAAUAGUAUAAUUUAGUUUUGUCUUAUUUAAAAUUAGAUGUUUGCUCCAGACAAAAAAUACUUUUGUAGUUUUUGGUUUAAUUUUAACGUAAUCAAUGUUUUAUCGGUUUAACAAAAGGGACCAAUUUUUUUAAUUUUUUUUGUGAUCAAAGGGAUUUUAUUAAACUCGUGUUUCCUCAUCAAGCAGCCGACAGGUUGAGCUUUGUGUUGGCGUCCUGCGACUUUUAGAGGAUUCGUCCCUGAUUUGAUUUAUUUACCAGAUUUAUGCAGAUUUGAAAAACAGAAAUCAGUGUUUAUGUUGCAAAACAUUUUAACAAGAAUUUUAAAAUCUAGUUUCUAAUCAAAAAUAAUUCACAAGUAACAUUUUAGCAAAAUAAUGGUGGUUUUAAUUUCUUAUUAUUGAUGGAAAAUUAAUGGUUUUACAUAUAAAAGGGAAAAUGUUUUGUUACAAGUGAAAUAAAUAUCAAUAUUAUAUAAUCCAUCCAUUUUCUAACACCUUUGUCCCCAUUGGGGUCGAUGCAGCUGCUGCUGCAUCUCCAGAUAACGUUGCAGGCGGCGAAUUUAGAAAGACCAGUAAACCUGACAUGUUUUUGGACUGUGGCAGAAAGCCGGAAAACCCGCCAUGCACAGGGAAAACCCAGGCCGGGAAUCGAACCCAAAACCUUCUUGCUGCAAGGCAACGGUUUCAUAGCUUUCUGAAAAGUUACAAGUUUUCUCUAAUUUUAAGUUUACUAGAAAUUAGAUAAAAUACUUGGUAAUGUUUUGUUUUUGCAGUGUGUGAAUGCUGCCAUGCAGUUACGCUAAAGAGAAGUCAUAGUUUUCCAUCAUCACAAUUGUACUAAAUAUUGUGAUGAAAUUCUAACUAGUACUUUUUAAAUCCACAUUAAGGACUUAAUUUAUUGACUUAAAUUAAGUUCAUAUAAAUUAAGCUGAAAAGUUAUUUGUAAGUUGUACCAAGAUAUUUAAACGAGAUGAAAAUAGUUGGGAAGAGUUUGGUUUUUUCAGUGUAAUCAAGUUUCAACCUGCUACCUCUCACUUGAGUUUUUCUAACGACUGUCAUUAAAACCUCCCACUGGGAAACAGAAACGGUGACGGAUCCUUCCUGCAGAGCGUCAAUAAAACUUCAUCAACACAGCAAAGAGGAGCCGCUUCACUGCAACCAGGCUGGAAGAAAAACUCCCCUCAGCAGGGGGUCUGAGGCGACGAUCCCCCUGUGAGAAACCCACGGAUCCACUCCGGUUUCUGGGUUUACGUUCCGGACCCGUUUCAGCUCAUCGGUCUGAAACGUCCCGCUUUAGCAGAUCAAAAGCUUCAGUUUGAGUUUCAUCAUCAAUUAAACGAUGAAGAUCCGAGUCGAAGAGCAAAUGAAAUCAUUUGAUGCGCAGUGUCUGAAAUUCUGCUGACAUUCCUGAACUGAAUCCUGAAAUAUGGAGCAUGAAAAGCAAAAUUAUGUUUUUGUAAUUUCAAAUAAAAAUGUCAAAUUUCUACUCAGACUUUCAGUUUAGCACCUUAAGCUUCAUGUGAAACAUUAUUUUAGAUCAUAUUUACUGAAUUAUUCCUGCAAAAUACUCUGAAGCCUCAAACACUAGUCUGCUGCUUGCUGGGACUCUAAACUUGUUAAUGUGCUGAAAUUUUAAAGUUGGAUCCUAGGGGGCGCUGCUGGGGUGUGCAGGUGAGCUUCACCUGCAGCAAAGUGUCGAGGGAGGAAAACAAACGCUUGAGUUGCUGGAUAUGAUUUUUAUUUCUCUCUAUGAAUCUGAGUGACUCAAUUUUAAUUUUUCCAUCGUUUUUGGUGCUUCUUUUUCUUGCCUGUUUGAAAUGUUGACAAUCCACAUGGUGCCAAAAAUCUUAUUUUUUUCAAUGUAACUCUUUUGUUUUUAAAUGUUUACUGUUUUUUUUCCCUUUUUGUAUAUUCGUUUGUUUCUGUAUGGAUGUUUACUACUUUUUUCUGUCCAGUUUCUGUUUUUUUUUUAAUUUCACAAAAUAAAAUUUCUUAAAACUGGA